AUUCGUUGUAACAAAGCAGACUUCCGGCACCUUAGUGCUCGAAUGGCCGACACCAAGGUUGUCUUUUCUGUCAAACGGAAUUAUUUCUGACGUGAUCGAAAUCAUGUAAAUGUUCACCGAUAACCUGGAAAAAUCGUUGGAACGUGGGUAGAUCGAUGCGUGGAUCGUGGAAACGGGGUGUGUCCGUGGUUUUAAUCAACAACAACGCAAGAAGAGGCACCGGUGUCUCUUCAAAUUUUGGAUCCACCAAGAGGACAUAGUUAUGGAGGAUAGCAUGAGUGUUAAAUCAAUGGAAUCAGUGGCAACAAGUGAUGAAUAUGAAUUUGUAAAUGACAGAGGUAAUGGCAAACAUCAACAAACAUUAAUCAGUGAAUUACCAAUGUUGAAAAUUGCCAAUAACGGCAAUUUUGAAGAUCUUCAAAAUAAUCUUCGUGAGGUAUUGACAGAAGAUUCAAAAAUGGAAAGCAAUGAUUAUAAAAUUGUGAGCAGCGCGCAACAAAAUCAACCAAAAUCUAAAAAAGUGGGACAAAGUAAAUUUUAUGAUGUAAGUUCUUGUAUGGUUGCAUCUGAGAAACAGGAUAUUAUGAAACCAGAAGAUUAUAUCGAUGAAGAAAUAAAUUCCCUGGCUAAUGUUCAACAAGAAUGUACUAUUUUCAAUGGGGUAACUUACCUGGGAUCGGCAACAAUAAAUGCACCUAAAUCAGAAUGUGAAAUACAGCGCAACAUGAAUAUAUUAAAUGCAGAACAAUCCCUUAAUUUGGGGAUUAAAGUAUCUGUUUCUGUACCAAGUAGCUCUCAAGGUUCUGUUGUUUUAUAUGAUGCUGCUACUCAACAACCAAUUGCACAUUAUGAAGUACAACGAAUCCUAUUUUAUGCGCGUGGUGAAAGUGUUGGUCCAUGCGCAGCAUGUUUUGCAUUUACAUGGUCACAUGGGGAUACAUUGGAAUCUGCCAUUUAUCAGUGUCAUGUUUUCCGGUGUGAUAUACCAGAAGCAGUAGGACAAGUUUCUGCUUGCUUUUCCAAAGCCUUCCACAGAAUACCACGGUCGAUGACUAGCUCUCUAACAGGAAGUGAUUUCAAUGGGUUUAACAUUGGAAGUGAAAAAACUAAUUCUCGUGUAUUUAUUUUUGAAGUAACAAUGGAAAUAAAAGAAGAAGAUGGAAAGGGAGGUUUCAGUAUAGUUCCUAAGGAUAGAAAUUGUUUUAAACUUCGAAAUAACGUAGCCAAACAAGUGUGUUUAAGUAUUCAGCAAGUUUCUAGCAAAGAAGGAGGAAUUACUCUUGAAGUCGAGAGGUGCUUUGGAGUCCUUGUUAGUCCUGGACGCAAUGUUAAACAUAGUGAUAUGCGUCUGCUUGAAAUGCAAGUUAAUGCUGGUCCAUUAAUUCAAGAUAAACAAUGUUACAACAUAUGUGGUCACUGGGAUCCUGCAGAUCCAGCUUUAGAAACUCUCAAUAUUGAAACCCCAAGAGAAGGAAAAAUUUAUAUGACAGUUGCUGUUGAUUUAGUAAUACGUGGUAUCCGAGAACCCGUCAGGUUUAUAAUAGAGACGUUAGUUAAAGUAUUUCCACAAAAUGAAAGAUUUUGGUAUUUUAAUAAACGAAAUCUUGUACAACAAUUUUACCUUAACUCAAAAGAAAUAAUAUCCGGAGAUGGUACGGAAAUUCACUACGAAGUACAAAGUAUAGAAACUUCAGGAGAGCUGGAUAGAAACAGAUUAAAUCUCGCUCUUAAUUUAGCAUCACUGAUUCGAUCUCCUUCUUUAACUAGCAUUGACACGCUUACACCCAAGGAGGAAAUAGACUCAGAUGGAGAUGAACCAAUGUUAAGUGGCACAGGUGAAGUAUCAAAAGAUUGUUCUGCAGACGAACUAGCUAGUUGGGCAGAAGUACUAGACAGUUGGCAAGUUAAUGAACAUCGUCCAAAACUUCUUAUAAAACUUACGAAGCAAGGUAUUCCUGAAGCCUUACGUGGAGAAGUAUGGCAACGUUUAAGUAAUUGCGAUAAUUCACAAGAAAUGAUGGAUAGAUACAGGACUUUAAUUACUAAGGAGAGCAGUUGCGAGAGUGUUAUUUUAAGAGAUAUUAAUAGAACAUUUCCUGCCCAUGACUUUUUCAAAGAAACAGGUGGUUUGGGACAAGAUUCUUUAUACAGAAUAAGUAAAGCGUAUGCGGUGUAUGAUGAAGAAGUUGGAUAUUGCCAAGGACUUAGCUUUUUAGUUGCUAGUUUACUCCUUCACAUGCCGGAAGAACAGGCUUUUUGUGUUCUGGUUAAGUUAAUGUAUGACUACGGUCUAAGAGAUUUGUACAAGGAUAGAUUUGACAAUCUUCAUAUGAGAUUUUAUCAGCUUAAUAGAUUAAUAGAGGAUCAGCUGCCAGAACUUUACAAACAUUUUUGCGAUCGUGGUGUAGAAACACAUAUGUUCGCUGCACAAUGGUUUUUAACUCUUUUUACAGCCAGAUUUCCACUUUAUCUUGUUUUCCAUAUUCUGGACGUAUUCCUUUUACAAGGACUUGAUACAUUAUUCCAGGUUGCUCUCGCAUUAUUAAUGUUGUGCAAAAAGGAACUACUUCAAUUAGAUUUUGAAAGUAUAUUAAAAUACUUUCGGGUGCAUUUACCUAAACGUUGUCGAAACGAAGAAAUAUCGCGCUAUGUCAUGAAGUUAGCCUGCUCAGUUACCUUAAAGAAAUUAAAGAAGUAUGAAGCGGAAUUUAUGACACUGAAAGAAGCGCAGGAGAAUGCGGAUGAAUAUAGCAAUGAGGUAGAACAGCUACGGGGCACAGUAGCGAGAAAUGAGGAGGAAAAACAGAGAUUAGAAGCCGAAUUGGUUCAAGUCAAGGAAAUGCUACAACGAGAAGUAGCAAGAGCUGAUGCGGAAAGUAGACGAAGCAAUAUUAUUAUUGCUGAAUACAAACAGAUUUGUCAACGUUUGGAAGAUGACUAUAAUGCUGCAAAGACAACACUUAGUGAAUUGCGAACGAAGGUUUCGAAAUGUGAAAAGUGUAAAAGUUGUAUAAUGGAUUCGUCCAAUAUAUUAGCAGACAUUGCACACCCUUUAGAAAACCGAAUAGAUCCUAUGUUGCACAGAGUGCAGGAGAGAGUACGAGAAUUAGAAUUGGAGUUAGCCCAAACAAAGCUAGCCCAUGUCGAAGCUGAAUGUAGAAACCAGGAUUUAACACAUCAAUUGCACGCGACCGCUUCUGAACUUCAAGCAGCGAGAAACAGCUGGCCGUGGCUUAGUAAGACACUGUCGAGUAUAAAAGAAGCGGCGAAUAAAAGAGAAGUAAUAGCUCCGUCAUUAAUGAAAGAUCUUAGACGAGAUAGCGCACCCGGAGGUGAUAUGCAUCAUUUAAUACAUUCCCGUAAUCGCGAGACUCGUGAUAAUCUUAAAGAAGUUGUGUGAUUCAGUAAGUAUUCGAGUUAAAGUGCAUAAAUAUAACGAGGAACGCUAUUUUGAAGUAGAAAAAUAAACUUAAUUAUAAUAUAUUAUACACAUCUAUUCAAAGGAAGUUACUUUAACCAGGCGAAGUGUUGGAAGAAUUCGUAUAUUACGAGAAAAGACCUAUUUGAAAUAUAAAUUCGAAUACACAAUGUACGUCCAUGAUUACAUGUAGUAUUCUACUUGACCUGUUUAUAAUAUACAUUCGGUAUAUUUUACGUCAGGUUCCUCGCGUGCACUAUUAAUCGCGUGCUUUUAGCGAUGUCAGCUUUAUCCUGCAACUCUGAUAUUAAUCUUGAUAUUAUUUGUUUACAUUUGUUAAUCGUUUCAGUAUAUUGAUUUUUACCUAAACUUGGUUUGUGAAUUAUUAAUUUUAUUUGAAAUCCGGUCUUUAUGUAUUAAUAAGGAACUUCACACGAAAUUGGAAGUCCUAUAUUAAGCAAUUGAUUAAGUGAUAGGGCACAUAUGGAGAUGCAAAAAAAUGAUUACAAUAGAUGUUAGCGAUAAGUUCACUACGUUUUGUAUGAAACUAGUCUAAGACGUGGAAAAUAGAAAUACUAUAGACUUUACUGUAUAUAAAUAGCUCUCUCUCUCUCUCUCUCUUUCUCUCUCUCAGGCAACUAACAGACGUAACAGACUGCAGAAAUCAGAGAUUCCACAUUUAGUAAAUUGGAUCAUGUAAAGCAGAUAAUAUUUCUGCAAUUUUCAUUUACUUUCUGUACGGAUUUAUUAUAAUGACAUUCCAAAAUCAUAAAUACACGUGCGUUUUUUUUUUAUCAAUCUUUUAUUUUAAUCGGUAUGUCUAGGGCUAUUGAUUAAAGAAUAUGUAUGACACUUAUCGAUGUAUGCGUCUUACAACUAAUUCUAAAUCGUAACGAGUAAAGUAAAUUACAUGAAAGAGAAAUAUGUUACAUUGUUUAAUUUUUAUAUGCAAUUUAUUGUCUGCUGAUGCUAUUAAUAAUCGCAUAAAAUAAUACUGCAACAUUUUGCAGGUACAUUGGCAGCUGAACAAAGUAACUUAAUAUAAGACUAGAUAUAGUCUUUUACAAUGCAAAAUAUUUUUUCCGUUUACUUUAUCUCCUUUUUUUCUCUUUUUUUUCUUUUUUUUCCUUUUUUUUUUUCUUUUUUUGAAAAUUUGAUUAAUUCGCAAUCAGUAAACGACAUGUACGGGCGUGUGAUGCUUAAACGUAUAUUAAUUAUCAUUUGUAUCUUGCUUUGACAGAAUCUACAUAAAUUAGAUCUAAGGCCAUAAAUUAUGUCAAGGCACUACUUGAAGUUAGAAUUUAACCAAAUGUGUAAUAAACAUUUCUGUUACGUGAACAAUAAGACCGAGUAAAUAUUCAAGAAUGUUUGAAAGGAUAUUUUAGAUUGUAAAUCUAGCUUUGUGUGAAUGUGUGUAUGUGUGUGUAUUAAUUAGUGCCAUUCAUUUGAUGGAAUUACUGAUUAAUUUAUUUUUUACUCCUUGUACUGUGAGUUAUCAAUUUACAAUUUACCAAGAACUAAAUUAAAUAUCGCGCCGUUAUCUUGCAUCGUACAGUUUAUAGAAGAGAUUCGUAAUGAUUGUUUUUGUUUUGCUUUUUUCCCCAGUUGACGAUAAUUUAACUGCAUUAUUGUUAACGUAACAUUUACCAAGUAUCAUAUACAUGAUCGAAGCGAAGAUUAUGAUCACUUUAGAAAUUCGUACAAUAGCUAAUAAUAAUCCUACAUCUGAUGUAUGAAACAAAAGAUGUAUUUUCUGUAAAUACUAAAAAACAAUAUAUAUAAAGAUAAAUUACUAACAAGUCAUGUAAAGAUUUUAGGUUACUACACAUGUAUCACUGUACACCUUGUAAUGUCAUUCCACUUUUACUUAAAUAAAGAAAGAUAUCAUCUGUCUA